UACUUAUAGUUGUCAAAACUAAUUCAAAAAACUUUUAACACGAGUAUUUGUACAAAGAAACUGGACUUCUAAUUCCUUCUUUUGCUGACACCAUUUGUCAGGACAGAUUAUUAAACAUAACUAACCUAUAUGAAAGAAACAUGGAGAAAGUCCCGGAGUAUCUUAUGAUCGGGUAUUUAUAGUGAGCUAUUAAUGGAUGUAGGCUCUACUGAGAUCAUUUUCAAUCCUGAAAAUAUCACUUUCAACUUAAUAAUCAUUUCUUCAAAGUGUGAGGUCUUCCCUCUUUCAGAAGGUGAGGAAAAAUUGUAUAUUUUCUCAAUUCAUAGGAAAAGUAGUAAUUUUUUUAUACACUCAUUAUACUACAGGUAUAGUCAAAUACUAGUAGUUGCUUGUCUGUAUAUUUUGUUAAUAUAUUUCUGGUUUUUGCUACAUGUGCAAUUACAGAGCAAGGCCUUGAAAUCACACAUUACAUGGAUCAGGUAAGAAAUUAAAUGAUGCAAGUUUGCUAUGAAUUGCUGCUGCUCAACUUUAAGAUGUUUCCAGGAUUAUUCCAAACUUUGUAAGUGGCAUGUUAACAACUUCCUUCAUUUUGCUGUGCUUAUUCAUUUUGCUAAUUUAUUUAUUUGCUUUCAGUUUAGUUUAGUUUAGUUUAGUUUACUUUGCCCUGUAUUUUUGCUUGAUUUUUUCAGGCCAACUCCUGAAAAAGAGAAGUAGAAGUUUUGAAAAGGUAAAACAGAUGAGAGGCUUGAGCCUAACAGAACAUCCGUGAUUUUAAUCUAUAACAGCAUGUAGCUGAAUGUGCGAAAGAACAGUAUGACUGCUUAUGCAUGUAACAGUGUACAUCUACACACACUGUACUGUUUAAUAAUUGAUUUGGUCAUUAAUGAUUUUUAAUGAUUUCUUCUUAAAUUUUAACAUUUAGACUUAAGAAAUAGUAUCAAUGGGAUUUAUUUCUAUGCUCCAUUGUAUUACAAUCUUAAAGAGGUAAAACUAUUUUUAAUUGAACCCUUUCAAUUUGGCCAAUAUUUUUUUAACUAACCCUAUUCUUAAGCUUUUUUUUUCUUUAAAGCAACUCCAUUGUGGUUACACCAGUGUUUUUUAUUUCUCCCUGCAUUUGGAUAUAUAUUGUUGCAGUAUUUUUACAUAUCCCCUACAAGUAUUAGAAAAAAACCAGACAUGCACUGAUGAAGAAUACAGAAUUGUAAGUUUAUCUGUUCUAAAUUGCUGUAGAUUAUGCACAUAAAGUGGUAAAGUGGAUCUUAUUUCAAGCAUGGAUUUUGAUGUUGUUUCAGUUGGAAUGCUGAUGCACAUAAUAGCACAAAUCUAAAAUACUUCCUGACUGCAAAAUAUGGCCCUAAUGAUAUCUUUGUUGAAACAGUUUGAACAAAAGCUGUUAUUAAAAAAUUUAAUGUCCUUCACUUGUCCUUCACUUCCAGGCCCUCUGUGAACAAAAUGAAAAAACAUCCUAAGUCUUAUUGCACAUCUGUCUUCCUACUAAGAAAAUGUCAGAGCACAAUUAUGACGGUAUUUGAGAGUCUGAAAGACUUAAGAGGGAAUGACUAUUUAUCUGAAAACUAAGUUUUCCUUAUUUUUAUUGCUUUCUAAUAAGUAGUGCCAGAAUAAGUAGCUAUUCUGUAAGUUCACUCCGAGGAACAGAGAUAAUGGCACAUGCUAUUGGAAUAGAAAAUCUUUACUCUGUUCUAAAUAGAAUAACUCUUUGCAACACAAAUGUAAAUACCUGGGAGGACGCUGGAGCUUGAGAUGGAGAAGUUUCGACUCAUUUAUUUUAAACUUUGUUUCAUUUCUUGUGAUACUUAAACAGCAAUUGCUAUUUCUAUUAUUCCAGAUUUAACCUGUAGAUUUAACAUCUGCUUCCAAUUAAAAAGCAGUGUUUCCCUACAGAAAGUGAGCCAGGUGGUGCUGAUUUGCCAUGUAUAAUUCUACAUAUAUGUUCAAUGAUGAUUCUGAUGAUGAACUCCCAACCCAACAAGCUAUUCAGGAAAGCUUACAAGAUAGGCAUAAAAUUGAAACAAGUGGCAGUGCAACAGAUGAUGAAAGUUUCCAGAAUAUUGCAAGUGAAGAACAUGGGAAGAUAAUUGCGGCAAUUCGCACAGGCCAUGAAGAGGCCUUGAUGAAGUUGGUGAGGCACAGUUCUGCUUUUGAAGAAGCAGAUCAGCAAGGCUGGCUUCCUGUGCAUGAAGCUGCAGCACAGCUAAAUAAGAACAUCCUUGAAAUAACUUUGAAAGCCUCCCGUGCCAUUACGUGGGAACAGACCACUCUAAAAGGGGAAACACCUCUCUUGGUGGCAGUAAGAAAUUGCUUUGUAGACAAUGUCCGCUUUCUCCUGCAAAAUGGCAGCAAUCCCAAUGUUAAGAAUGAAGAGGGAGAUUCUCCUUUAGUUAUAGCAAUUAAACAAGAUUCAUAUGAGAUUGCCUCCUUGUUGAUAAGCUCUGGUGCAAAAGUGAAUUUGCAGUGUGUCCACAAGAGGACUGCUUUACAUGAGGCAGCCAGACUAGGCAGGAAGGAUCUGGUGAAGCUUCUCCUUCGUUCUGGAGCAGAUCCUGACCCUCGCAGUGGAUAUGGGCUCACACCUCUAGCACUGGCUGCACAGAUCGGACAUACAGAAAUUAUGGAGCUGUUAUUGCAAAAAGGUGCAAAUGUUCUUUCCCAGGCAAUGGAUUGUGCUUCUGUAUUAUUUGAAGCAGCAGGAGGAGGAAAUCCAGAAUCUCUGAGUCUUUUACUAGAAUAUGGGGCUGAUGCCAACAUACCAAAGCACUCGGGUCAUUUGCCAAUCCACAGAGCAGCGUACAGAGGACACUUUCUAGCCCUAAAAAAUUUAGUUCCAGUUACUAAUUUUGAUGCCAUUAAAGAAAGUGGGAUAAGUCCAGUUCACUCGGCAGCAGCAGGAGCACAUCCUCAGUGCCUUGAGUUUCUCCUCAAGUCUGGGUUUGAUGCCAAUUUCAUGCUGGAUCAGAGAGUUCGCAAAGGCUACGAUGACCACCGGAAAUCAGCAUUGUACUUUGCUGUUUCCAACGGGGAUAUCUGUUCAACACGGUUACUGUUGAAUGCUGGAGCCCUGCCAAACCAAGAUCCCAUCAACUGCCUCCAAAUCGCCUUGAGAAUGGGCAACUAUGAGUUAAUGAAUCUACUGCUCCGACAUGGGGCUAAUGUCAAUUACUUCUGCAGAGUGAAUACAACCCAUUUUCCAUCAGCUCUGCAGUAUGCUCUGAAAGAUGAAGUCAUGUUAAGAAUGCUGAUGAACUAUGGGUAUGAUGUGCACCGCUGCUUUGAUUGCCCUCAGGGAAACAGUUUGCAUUCCCAGUAUGUAACUGAUGGAUGGACUUCUACUGUUAUCAAAGACACAAUGUUCUGUGAAGUGAUAACCUUGUCAUGGUUGAAGCAUCUGUCUGGGAAAGUAGUGCGAGUAAUGUUAGAUUAUGUUGAUCAUGUUAAUAUCUGCUGGAAGCUAGAAGCAGUGCUUAAAGAACAGGAACUCUGGCCAGACAUCAACUCGAUUUUAACAAAUCCUCGCUCUCUGAAGCAUCUUUGUCGUCUGAAGAUACGGGAAUGCAUGGGCCGGUUGCGUCUCCGUUGUCCUGUCUUCAUGACCUUCCUUCCACUGCCAAACUGCUUGAAAGACUACGUACUGUACAAGGAAUAUGAUCUUUAUGGUCAGGAAAAUGUCAGAGGAACCUACAGCCUCAACUGUACAUAAUUAUUAGUUCUGUUUUGAAGGGAACGUUGACGUGGAUAAGACUUAUGCAGCUGCUUCUUCCUUUUGGGCUCUUUAUAUUAAGGCAUACCAGCAUUCCCCCCUCAUCCCCUGAAGAAAAUGGGGAGAACCCCAGAAUGUAAGUACUGGUGAUCCCAUUCUACAGAUCUGCUGGAAUAAAAACUAUCUGAAAGUUAUGGCAAUAGUAUUUUAAAUGCUUAGUGUGAAAAGUUAACUGUAAAAUGUAGCACUGCACACCAUGCGCCAUUGCUAAGGUAAAGCCUGUCAUCACAGAUAACACUACCCCCAUUGCAGGGUUAAACUCAUGGUUGAGUUAAAGGUCCAGGAUUUAACUAACAUGGAGAAGGGACAUCGUUCUUUUUUCCCUUGUCAAGAACUAGAGUUUUUGUUUGUGAAGUCCUGCAUCGAAGUUCCAAAGAGCAGCCUAAAGGAGAUUUGCAUUUUUCACCCUAUUAAGCAAUCCCACAUUCUAAGAGGUGAAGUGGGAUUAGCAGCUAUAGACACCUCUGCUUAUCACAGCAGCUAGUGUGAAAUACCGAUGUUUCAACAAGAAGGUACUAUUUCUGAAAGAUGUGUUUUAGUUCUCAACUGCAUUCUCAGGUAUUGAUACAUCUUGUCCAUUAUGUAUUUUGAUUGCUGUCUCUAGAACUAGGUUUUGCUUUUACAGUGCGACCCAAAGGCAUGCUUGCAAUUUUUGGAGUUUCUCUUCAUAUAGUUGAAGCUUAACC